UACCUUUUCACAGAAUAGUAAAACAGAUUGUGGUUUUUAUAUGGAGUGAGUGGUGUAUAUCUGUCAAUCUAAUGACGUUAAAAACGUAAAUGUGUGAAAUUCAGGAUUAUUCGGUCGAGCUUAAGGAUAUUUAUAGCAAUAAAUAUUCGUGGUUCGCAGACAUGGAUUUAUAUAUCACCGAUUCACUCCAGGACAUGCUGGACAUGGAUAUUAAAAAUGAAAUCGCAACAGACCUCAGCAGUAUGACCGAUUUCACUGACACCCUAGGAUCACACUUUUCGGAGUUACCUCCUUUACUAGACAUGGAUACUGAUAACUCUUCAACGUGGCUCAACAAUAGUUCUAGCUUUGUCCAUAAUCUAGAUUUAUAUGGGUCGGAGGCGAAUGCAGUGAUGGUUAAUCCAAAUUCUGUCAUGCCCUCUUCAUUUAUCGAAACCCCAGUAAAAAGUAUAGUAAAAGAAGAGGCUUCGAAUGUGUUACUGACGUCUGCUGCUGCAAAUGACGAUUUAAGUAAUAGUAUAUCACUUCCAAGUCCCAAAGAAGAAAAAAGUCAUUUAACAUUCUCUCCAAGUGCUAUAAAAGUCUCAAAAGUUCAAGAAUCCAAUGAAGGAAAAUUAAAAAAAAGUUCAGACCUAGAAGAAGCCACACAAAUGGUGAUUUAUGUUAGGAAAAAUGAAAAGCAUGUUGUUAAGGAUCUAUUAAAAGAUUUGGAUAAGUCGAAAGUAUCAAGUAUAUCGACUCCCACGACGGUCAGAAUAAAAAGUCAAUCAGAACUAAUAAAGGUGAACAACAAAAGCUGUUCUAUCUUAAAUACAAGCCAAAAAGUUGCACACUCAUUAGGAACUAAAACAAUUAUAUCUGGUAAUAUACACAUACUAGACCCGCAACAAAUCAAUACUUCUAGAACAAUUUUAGCUAAUGGAAAUAAAAGCCAGGCAACAAUAUUAAUUGAUAAUUCUUUAAACAACAAUAGGCAAAUAAUUAAAACUUCUGUUAGUGGAGCAUUUACUGUUGACACUAGCCAAGCUAAGUACGUGAAUACAGUUAGCAAAAAUAGUGGCGGAGAGUUUCCUAAACCGGCUUACUCUUACUCUUGUCUAAUUGCUAUGGCGCUAAAAAACUCAAGGACGGGUAGCCUACCUGUUUCAGAGAUUUAUAAUUUUAUGUGUCAACAUUUCCCUUAUUUUAAAACUGCGCCAAAUGGUUGGAAAAACUCCGUUAGGCAUAACCUUAGUUUAAACAAAUGUUUUGAAAAGAUUGAAAAGCCAUCAACAAACGGAAGUCAAAGAAAAGGUUGUUUGUGGGCUAUGAAUCCAUCAAAAGUAGGCAAAAUGGACGAGGAAGUUCAAAAAUGGUCACGGAAAGAUCCACAAGCUAUCAAAAAAGCAAUGGUGUAUCCAGAGAACUUAGAGGCUUUAGAACGUGGAGAGAUGAAAUACAGCGGGCUGGGUGGAGAGAACGACGUCGAUGAUGACGCGGAUGUUGAUCCUGACACAGAACUCGAUGCGGACGUCGAAAUAGAUCCAGAGGUCAAGGAGGAAGUUGAAGAAGAAGAGGCUAUUAUAGAACAGGAGGUGUCUGAUCAGGAGUUGGAAGUUGAAGAGGUAGUUGAAGGCACUGGCAUGGUUGGUGGAACAUACAGGUUGCUGGCCACAGGACCGUCAUCACUUACCUCCUACAUUACUGACGUGGAAUCUGGCGAAGAAGUCAGCGAUAUUGAAAUCCUAGAUCAAUCAUAUGAAGAAAUUGAUAUUGAUGUUACAAAGCCUGUGAAAUUGGAUUUGUCUAUGACAGAAAACUAUACAAUACAUCCUACAAAACGAGCAAAAACAAGUUUCAUCUACCAGCCCGUGACGACUCAGACACACACUAGUAGAAGAAAAACGCCACUUGUCAACCGGGUUGCAUUAAUAUAAGCAAAAUUCCUAAACAACUUAAAGACUUGUAUUCGUAGAAAAUUGUGAUCAUAAUGUUAUGGGGUCAACGAUAGUACAUAGCGUAGUCUCUCCAGUGAUUGUUCCAUUAUUAGGUAACUUAGAUUACGUUAAAAUAAUUCGAAUUGUAAUAAUUAGCUGUGAAUGUGUCGAGUGCUCAGUGUGUUUAUAUUGUAUCAAAUUCGAUCGUGAUAGUCUGUACCAGAUAAGUGUAUUUACAUUUUUUUUUUACAAAAAAUCUGAACACUUGUUACAUAUCUUACACUGUAAAAUAAUUUUAUUUGUUAAGGAGAAAUCGAUACGAUAAAGCGCCUUGGUUUCGACGAAUGUUAUUUUACGUUUCGUCACAUAAUACAAUUUGUAAAGAGGUAUCUACGCCAACAAGAGUAAAAAGUACAGAUAUAUCGGUGUUCAAAUUAAAAAAGUUGGAAGGUGUGGUAGUAAAGAUGUUUAGUAAGUAAAUGACGAAGCUGUAAGUACGAGAAACUUCAUACAAACGAAUUAACUUAUAAUGUUUGUGAAGGAAUUAAUAGCAUUAAUUCAGAAAUGGUUUUUUUUUGUUAUUUGAUGGUUAAUUCGUUUUUAUGGACUGUAAGUACAAACGCUACGAAGAAGAUGAAUGUAAAUGAUGUCUCAAUUUAGCAGAAAACGCUAUAGCGGGUAUGUGAAGUUCCCACCGCGGAUGUAUGUAAAUAUUGUCUGUUACUUAUAUUUUCGUUUACAUAUUAUUUGUUCUAAGAGGCAGCUUUUCAAAGAAUCAUAAUAUCAGGAAAUAUGCUGCCCAACUAAAGCGAAAAAUCGAAUUGCAAGACAUUCUGAAAACAGGCUCAAGUCUUAAAUGUAACGUAUGGUAGGAUAGCGUAGGUACGUUAAAUUUAUGUCUUGCUGCUAUGUAUUGUUUGGUAUGUGAAAAAGUCAGCGGAAUGUUUUGUAGUUAUCUUAGUUUUCGCCAACGACAAUUCGCUACACAUAUGUUUUACAUUUUAAGUUAACUUUACGUUGUACCUGUUAUAAAUAACCCUGUGUCUACAUGUAUGUUAUGUGUGCAGCAAGGUAUGCGUUAUACCUUUAUCAUUAUUUUAUGUUGCAAUAAUAUUACCGUUUAGUUGUGCAAUUUCAGUGGAUAAUACAAGGUAUCAUAUUUAUAAUAAUUCAGAUCCUGCGAAGUUGAUAAAUAAACCUAAAUGUUUGGUAGAAAAAUUAUGUAAAUUUAUAAUUUGUAACGAAUUUUUUAUGUUCCCUUAGCUGAAGUUUUAAAAUUUAUUUAAAAGUAAACGUUAAAUUACAGUCGACGGAACAUGAAUAACAAGGAACGCGAAGUACUAUAAAUAAUGUAUUAUUAUGAGAUACGAAGAUGGGUGAAUUAGAUUGCGUCUUUGUCGUAUUGGUUGUGUUAGAGGAUCUCUCGAAUGUACUAAAUCGGAUGGUGAGUUUAGAUUAAGAUUUAGAUAUUCAUUAGUUGUAGGUUUGGAAGCCGUCAUAUUAAAACGAAAAAUCCAUCAUCCGUUGUGAACUACGUGAAUCAAUUGAUUAGCAUCUAAUAGAAACAAACUGAUAUACUUACAGACAGACCUGACAAGUUAAAUUUAUUACUAAUGCUUUACAAGUAAUAGAUUAACACAAUUAUCGCCCAACAUACGUUUAGAUUAGAUGAUUCUGUGAUAUGAAGAAAUACAACAUUGACUAAAAUAAUAUUGUGCGCGACAUAUUUUACUAAGCAGAUACUAAAAUGUGUGGAAUUUAAAUUUACGCAUAUUUUUAUUAUUCGCGAAAGUUAGCAUAAGUAGAAAAGUACUAAAACAAUAGAAACUCGAUGUCGGAAACGUAUUCAAACAAAUGGGCCCAAAUAGUGGCAGCCCCUUCAUAAAAUGCAUGUUUGUGGUCUACGUAUAAGCCUAACAUGCAUUUUCCGCUAAUUUAACUUUCAAUCACUAGUUUUAGUGUAGUAUUCUAUUGUACGUACUAGUUCCGUUUUUUGAAAUAUUUGUGGUUACUUAUUUUUCGGAUUCAGGUAUCAUCAUACAUCUUAGUAAAGCGAUAAUCUAAAUCUUAUACCUAAAUAGUGCCCGCUAAGUCUUCCAUUGGCUUGCUACUAAGGGUUGCCACUAUUUGAUUGAAUCUGAGUUCCAGCGGUAUAUAUUGUUAAUCACAUCAGAAAACUAGUAAAUAAGAAAUGGUUGGUUUCGUAUAGUACACAUGUCAACCUUGUUAAGUAACAACCUAUCUUGAGAGCGCCCUGAAAUUAGUGCAGGUGGAAGCGCUACAGCAGCACCGCUUCCGAUAUAUAGUGGUGCCACUACAGUGCUUCUAGAAGUCGUAUGGAGACCACUAUUUGGCGCGGCUAGUUCUCUGCAGUUUCGCCACUAUUUCUUGUAACAUGUCCUCCUGUCACUAAUUGUAUAAUGCUGCUAAUAAUUACGUGCCAGCCGAUGUCAAUGAAGUUAUCAAAAAUAGUUGGUUUAUAAGUCUUUCAAACCACUAGUUUUUAAUAUACCUAGUUAAAUGUGUAUUACAGUCUUAUGAAACAAAAACACCAUAAAAGUAACCUCAAUCUAAGCAACUACUUUAGGUGCUCUAUGUAUACUUAGAUGCAAUUUUGUAGAUAUUCGGAAAUGAUAGCGAGUAGUAUUACAGCUGUAAUUUGAUAUCGUAAUAGAAUGCGUAAAGUAUGUAUGUUAUAUACAAAAACAAUCGUGUUUGUUUAUAUGUAUUGUAUGCGUAGAUGCUAUUUUUCCCAGUUAUUUGUAUUAAUUAACAUACUGUUUGUAGGUAAAUGUUAUUAUUCCUUAAAAGCUGUAGAGGAGUUGAAAAUAUAUCAUCACUUCUACGGAUACGUUAAACAGAAUCUACACCAAAAAUGUUUAAAUUUUAAUAAAGUAAAAAUGAUGAUAUAUUUUUCAAAAGCAGCACGUAACGAUUAUCGUCAAUGCAGACAAAGUUGAAAGUAUAAGACCUGAUGUACAAAUUAUCAAAAUUCAAAGUUCAGUUGGCUUAAGCUGUAACACAAUUCGGCUGUUUUUCGAAUAACUUUAAUAAAUAAUACUUAAACGAUAUGAACUCUGUGCUUUGAGAAUACUUAAUAGUUUUCAUUGAAGUCCGCAUCAACCAUUUUGGAUAUAAAAUAAUCAUUAUUAAUACUUUAAUAACCAUUUCUAUUAUUCUACCAGUAAUGAUCAAUAAAUAAUAAUAAUUAUAUACUAAAGCAUCGGAUUUAAUCAAUACAUGCACAAUAUAAGUCCUUCAAUAAUAAUAGAUUUUCUCACUAGCCGAUUGUUAGAUGUAAUUUUGUACAAUAAAAUAGUUAAUGUAUUUUUCCACUGCCAGUAUUGCAACAUCCAAUUAAUAAGCAUUUAGAAUAAGCAUAGCUGUUAGUUUAGUUAUUAGCAUCUUAUUCCUAAGAAAACUUAGUUGAAGUGAACGAUUUUUAAUAACAUUUUUGUAAUAAAAUUCAAUGAGUACCUACCUAAGA